AUGGCAGCCGUAUUCGCCGACAAGGCGCUCCUGCGCAAGGGCAUGCUGCGGACGCUGCGCGCGCUGACGGAGGAGCAGCUGUCCGAGCAGUCGGCGGCAGUGUUCAACGUGCUCAGGCAGCAAAAGUUCUACCAGGAGGCGCGCAGCGUGGGGUGUUACCUGUCUAUGAAGAAGGGCGAGCUGCGCACCGGCGCGAUCGUCAGCGACCUGCUACAGUCGAACAAGGCACUGUACACCCCCUACCUGCCCCCCGCGGCCUCGCAGGCAGACCAAGAUACCCCGCUCAUGGAGAUGUUGCGGCUCUACUCGCCCGCCGACCUCGCCGCGUGCCCGCUGGACAAGUGGGGCAUCCUUGACCCUGGCACGGUGCGCCGGGACGCCGGGCACGACGGCGAGCGGCGCGAGGACGUCAACGACACCUCGGCACCCGCGCUCGACCUCAUCCUCGUCCCCGGCGUAGCGUUCGACGCGGCAUGUAACCGCGUACGUGUUGCCCCACCCACAGACAAUCCUGACCCGCAGCUUGGCCGCGGAAAGGCACACUACGACCGCUUCCUGGCCUCCUACUCGUCCACAAGGGGCAAGCCAUUACUGAUCGCGCUCGCCCUCUCGCCGCAGCUCGUCGACACCCCGGUCCCCGUGACCCCGAGCGACUUUGUGCUCGACGGCGUCGUCUCGCCCUCUGGGCUUGUGUGGCGCGACGGCGCGCAGAGAUAGAUCCUGCGAACCCGACGGAGGGCGCCAGGGGGCCUGGCUGGCACAAUGUAUAUAUCAUGAAUAGG